AUGGAUCAAUCUCAGCACUGGGUCCAUACCUGGACCGCAAUGCCCAUGCUCGCCGAGCCAGACAACCUCCCCCCAAAAGCAUUCGUUCAAGAUGGAAUAAUUUUUCCCAACACAACACUUCGUCAAACCCUGAAGAUCACACUUGGUACAGAAAGAUACCUACGUCUGCGUUUCUCCAACACAUUCGGUACAAACGAUUUAACAAUCACCCAAACUGCUAUCGCUCUGGCAAUCAAUAAUUCUUCAGGAAUUAGUGAAAUCGAAUCCCAUACAUUGCAGAAAGUCACAUUUGAUGGUGGGCUGGAGAAAACAACGAUUCCGGUCCGCGCGCAAGCAGUUUCUGAUCCGAUCGAUUUUGGGUUUCCACUGCCAGCCCAUACUGUUCUCAGCGUCAGUUUGUUUCUAGAGGAUGGACAUGAUGGCGAAGGCGGAAUUACUCUCCACCCUGGAAGUCGGACGACUUCGUUUUGCGCGUUCGGGAAUCAUGUAUCGGAGACGACGCUGACGGAUCGUUCUGUUGAGGAGGUUGAGCAUUGGUAUUAUAUCAGUGGAGUCGAAGUCCUAGCUGAUCGCAAAUCGCGCGCAUUUGCCAUAAUAGGAGACAGUAUAACGGAUGGCAUGCACAGUACCACUAAUGGCAACGACCGUUGGCCUGACCUACUUUUCCCACGCCUCCAGUCAAAUCGAAACACUGGCUUAAUCUCCAUUCUGAACCAAGCAGCCGGCGGAAACCGAAUCCUAGCAGAUGGGCUUGGACCCAAUGUGCUCAGUCGACUGGACCGCGAUAUUCUCUCACACUCAGGUGUCCAGUACGUCCUCAUCUUCGAGGGGGUGAAUGAUAUUGGCGUCGCCGAAGCCAAUGAGGAAAGCCAAAGGAUCAUUGGGGAUAGAUUGAUUGCUGCGUAUACACAAAUUGCGACGAGAGUGCAUGCGCGUGGAAUUCAAAUUUUUGCUGCGACUAUUACACCCUUCGGACGGAGAAAGGGCGAGGUUGUAAUUGAUGCAGAGGCAGAGGGAUUUUCGCCAUAUUCGGAUCCGCUUCGAGAGGUGACGAGACAGAGGAUUAAUGAGUGGAUGCGCAAAACUGAAGUGUUUGAUGCGGUAAUUGAUUUUGAUGAAACUUUGAGAGAUAAGGAUGACAGUUCUGUGUUGGCAAAGGAAUUUGAUUCGGGGGAUCGUUUGCAUCCAAAUGCCAAGGCCUUCAAGGCAUUGGCGGAUGCAUUUCCGUUGCAUAUUUUCGAGAAGUCCAAUUUCGCUAAAUUCAACUAA